CACUUAUUGCAUUAUCUGCAAGCUUAUAAUACAGCGUACGCUUAGAAAUAAUGCCGAUGGCGCUAUAGGCGGACAGGUCAAUACAUCGGUCAUUAGUCAAUGUGGUACGAUGGCUGGUGGUGGCGAUGAUCUGGUGAAGAAGUUCGAGGAGUUUUGCACGCUGGCGGGCUCCAAGGACAAGACGCAGAUGACACCAAAAGCGAGCGGCAAACUCGUGGCCGACUGCUUUGAAAAGGGGUACAAGAAGUUUGACGUUAAGGCGAUCUGUGACGCCAGUGUCUUCCCUGCUAUCAAGGAAAAGGGAAAGCCGCACAUGGUGGUUAACAAGGCAAACGUGGACAAGUACAUCACCAAGACUGCGCACGAGAUUGCUAAGAAGAAGACGAAGAACACGAAGCUCGCUGAGAAUGACCCUGAGGUGGAAACUAUCAAGGCUGACCUAAUCAACUGCGUGGCCGCCGGGGGACCCCAUGUUAAGGUCGUGAAAACGUCAGCGACGGGAGGUGUGGACCAUUUGACGGACGCCUCUCAAUACACGGGAUCCCACAAGGAGAGGUUUGACGCUUCCGGCAAGGGUAAGGGGCUCGACGGGCGCGUGGACAAAGUGGACGAUUCCGGUUACGUGGGGAACUACAAGGGCGAGGGCACGUUCGACAAGAAAUAGGGGUCAAACUAAGGGCCGCUAUAUUAAGUGUGGGAGCAAAUAAUAGGACAAAUGUACCGUACUUUGUAUUGUUUAUAAUCGUAUAUCAUAUACUUUAGUUUAUGUUUUGUAAGUAUUUUAAGUACUUGUUAUCGAAGGAAGAAAACAACAUAUGUGUAUUUUACAUUCAAAAUUCUAUCUUUGUGUAUACAAGUUUUUGUUUAAUUCAAGUGUUUGAAUCUCAGUAUUGUCAACAUAGUGUUUAAUGGCUGAUAAGUGCUGUCUAUUUGGACGAUUUUAAAACAUUUAUAGUUUCCUAGUUCAAAAUGCCGUUCGAUUCUUUUUAACUAUGUUAGAACUAGAUGAUCAAAUUUACGUGUCUGCCUCAUUCUUGCUAAACUUGAAAGAAGUCGAUUUUGUAUUAGUUUUGUAUGCACAGUUAUGAUUACCCAUUUAUAUUCUUUAUGUAUAUAAUGGAAUACCGUUGUUUUAUUUUGUACAUUUACACUUUUCAUUAUAUUUGCUCCUUUUAAAGUCUCAUAUUUAAAACUGUGAUAUUAAUUUUGUACUUUAAGUUUCCCCCAAGAGGGUUGUUGUAUUAUUAUAAAUACUCUGCGGAGUUAUUACUUUAAAAUUUUAACUGACAUAACAGGAAUUUAUUUCAGGAAUAAGUGUGCCUUUAAGUGUAUAACCCGCAAAAGUGAACAGAGCGUUUGAUAUCUGUAUUGUACUCAUUUUGGUUUGUAUUAUUGAUAUAGCAUGUACCCGUGUAACUCAAUAUUAAAGGGUCGAAAAGCAUAUAA